GCAAGCCGGCUGGUUUUACUUGAUGCUCUGGCCGGUCUCUUGUCUCCAGCGCUAUGCUUCCCGUGGUCCAGAAUAACAGCAGGUUGGGCCGCCUUCUUUCAACGCUCUACGUCACAUUCAGCUUCCUAGUAAGCGAAUUCAAAUAGAAUACAGCCCCAUCUUCCCGCAACACUGACAAGGUCAGCGACCAAGGACCACAUACCACAUUUGGGGAUAGACCGCGCCUAUAUUCGCAAAAGUAAACAGUGAGCGCUGAGAGCCAUCCGGGUCAGAGAUGCCACCCCCUGCCGCAGGCCCCCCAGCAGUGACCCCUCCGGACGGGGGCUGGGGCUGGGCCGUGGUGCUGGGAUCCUUCAUCUCCAUCGGCUUCUCCUACGCCUUCCCCAAGGCCAUCACCGUCUACUUCAAGGACAUCCAGAAGAUCUUUGAUUGCUCCUACAGCCAGAUAGCAUGGAUCUCCUCCAUCAUGCUGGCCGUCAUGUACGCAGGAGGUCCCAUAAGCAGUGUACUGGUAAACACAUAUGGCUGCAGACCUGUCAUGAUCAUGGGGGGAGUACUGUCUUCUAUCGGGUUGAUAUCCGCUUCCUUCUGCAACAGCGUGGUGGAGCUUUAUGUUUGCAUCGGUCUUAUAGGAGGCCUGGGCCUAGCCUUUAACCUUCAGCCAGCCCUGACUAUGAUUGGCAAGUACUUCUAUAAGAAGCGUCCCAUCGCUAACGGAAUAGCCAUGGCUGGUAGCCCAGUGUUCCUGAGCAGCCUAGCCCCUUUCAACCAGUACCUGUUCAACUCCUUCGGCUGGAGGGGCAGCUUCCUCAUCCUGGGGGGCAUACUGCUCAAUUGCUGUGUGGCUGGCUCCCUGAUGAGGCCCCUGGGGCCACCGCUGGGCAAGAUCAAGAAGGAUGAGGAGUUGGUUGUUGCCAAAACCGCCACCAAGAAGAAGGAGACGACCACUUGUUUGGGGACUGUCAACAAGUUCAUUGACCUGUCGCUUUUCAAGCACCGCGGUUUCCUCAUCUACCUGUCAGGCAACGUCAUCAUGUUCUUGGGCUUUUUCUCGCCAAUCGUCUUCCUGACGGCCUAUGCCAAGGACAUAGGCGUAGACGAGUACUCGGCCGCCUUCCUGCUCUCCAUCCUGGCCUUCGUGGACAUGUUUGCCCGGCCCUCCAUGGGGCUCCUGGCCAACUCCAAGUGGAUCCGGCCCAGGAUCCAGUACUUCUUCAGCUUCGCCGUGCUCUACAACGGGGUGUGCCACAUCCUCUGCCCCCUGGUGGAGAGCUACACAGGCCUGGUGGUGUACGCCGUGUUCUUUGGCUUUGCCUUCGGCAUGGUCAGCUCGGUGCUGUUUGAGACCCUGAUGGACCUGGUGGGGGCUCAGAGGUUCUCCAGCGCUGUGGGGCUCACCACCAUUGUGGAGUGCUGCCCUGUCCUCAUUGGUCCACCCCUGGCAGGUAAACUGGUGGACAUCACCAAAAACUACAAGUACAUGUAUUUCUGCUGUGGGGCUGUGGUGAUCAUGGCCAGUAUUUGGCUGUUCAUCGGCAACUUCAUCAACUACAGACUCCUGGCCAAGGAGCGCAAGCAGGAGGAGAUGUACAAACGGACUGAAACCGAGGACCCUGACAGGGACCAGGAUCAAAAGGAGACAGAUGGGGACGCCCAGGCAUUGGAGGACAUGGUAGACCCCAAAGAUGAGGACGCCAUGCAGAGGGAGACCAACAUCUAGAGCCCCUGCCUCCAGCCAACCACACCCCUCUCCACCACCACCCUCACGUCCCCCUCUGCCACUAUCAAACUGCAGACUGAGCUCAAGUGGGGUGCCUCCUGGUCUUUCACUCUCCAGGGUUCCGCUCAGGGGCCUCCCCGCAGGGGCCCCUCUGUUUCAGAGACACUCAAACUGCCAGAGUAACAACGACAACCAUGUCGUGGGACACUGCAAGGUGUAUUGCUGGAAGAAGGGGUAGGAUUUCCCUGACUACUACUCAAACAUCAGACUAGCCGGAGAUAAUGGUGUAAGAUAUGUUAGGAGGCCACAAGGCUUGGAAUAUGAGAAAGAAGCUUUUGUCGCGUAUCUAGGAAUCUGUGAAAUGCGACCUGUCGACAGAAAUCUAGUACUGCUCAUGUAUUUAGCCUGUGCCACUAAACCUACCACACCAGCAACCCAAUUCAACUGUUCUGAUUGAAAUCAAUACAGGUUAAUAUCCCAGCUUCCUAUGCUAGGAGCUGACAUGCGAGGACACAUAAAGUCUGUUAGUACCAGGGUUAUGGUGAGAGACAUAUCAUUGCAACACAGGAACAGAGAUGAGUUCAUGGUUUGGUGGCUCCAGUGACCAUGUAUUAUACUGUCCUUUAGCGCACUGUGUCCGUUGUGUUCGUUAGCUAAACCUGCACAACUGCCAAGCUUCUAAUCUAACGAUAUCACACCCGCUAUUUUAUUCACUAUUGCAUAUUGCACAUGGAGUCUGUAUACGCUGCACUACUUCUAAAUUGGCCAUGUUUAGGCCUUAUCCAAAACAACAAUGAAACAAAUGCAAUUUAAUCAUAUUUAAUGAGGUUGAAUGUAAAUUCCUUUUAUUGGCUGUGUUUCCAGGGGCCUUAUUAAGAAUACUUGAUAUUCGCAAUCAAAAUCAUCUAGAAAUGUGCAUAUUGCUGGUUUAUACCAAAUAAAGAAUCCAUGAGCAAUAUAACCUAUUCCUAGCCAUUGUUUUGAUGUACGUAUAAACAGGGAUAUUCAUUUGUGUAGACAAUGGUCAUUUCUGGGAGUAGCUGUUUAACUUUCACCAAUGAUACAUUGCCUUAUGUAAAGAAUGCAACUAAGUUGUGUCAUAUAUACAGUACCAGUCAAAAGCUACUCAUUACAGUGUUUUUCUUUAUUUUUACUAUUUUCUACAUUGUAGAAUAAGAGUGAAGACAUCAAAACGAUGAAAUAACACAUAUGGAAUAAUGUAGUAACCAAAAAAGGGUUAAGCAAAUCAAAAAAUAUUUUAUAUUUGAGAUUCUUCAAAGUAGCCACCCUUUGCCUUGAUGACAGGUUUGCACACUCUUGGCAUUCUCUCAACCAGCUUCACCUGGAAUGAUUUUCAAACAGUCUUGAAGGAGUUCCCACAUAUGCUGACCACUUGUUGGCUGCUUUUCCUUCACUCUACUGUCCACUCUACUGUCCGACCAAACUAUCUCAAUUGGGUUGAAAUCAGGUGAUUGUGGAGGCCAGGUCAUCUCUCCUUCUUGGUCUAAUAGCCCUUACACAGCUUGGAGGUGUGCUGGGUCAUUGUCCUGUUGAAAAACAAAUGAUAUUCCCACUAAGCGCAAACUAGAUGGGUUGGAGUAUCGCUGCAGAAUGCUGUGGUAGCCAUGCUGGUUAAGUGUGCCUUGAACUCUAAAUAAAUAAUUGACAGUGUCACCAGCAAAGCCUACUCUACAUAUCACAAAGACACUGUGGUUGGAAAGAAAACAUCUCAAAUUUGAACUCGUCAGACCAAAGGACGGAUUUCAACCGGUCUGAUGUCCAUUGCUCGUGUUUCUUGGCCCAAGCAAGUCUCUUCUUAUUGGUGUCCUUUAGUAGUGGUUUCUUUGCAGCAAUUCGGCCUAAUUCACGCAGUCUCUUCUGAACAGUUGAUGUUGAGAUGUGUCUGUUACUUGAACUCUGUGAAGCAUUUAUUUUGGGCUGCAAUUUCUGAGGCUGGUAACUCCAAUGAACUUAUCCUCUGCAGCAGAGGUAACUUUGCGUCUUCCUUUCCUGUGGCGGUCCUCAUGAGAGACAGUUUCAUCAUAGCGCUUGAUGGUUUUUGCAACUGCACUUGAAGAAACGUUCAACGUUAUUGACAUUUUCGGAAUUGACUGACCUUCAUGUCUUAAAGUAAUGAUAGAUUGUCGUUUCUCCUUGCCUCUUUCAGCUGUUCUUGCCAUAAUAUGGACUCGGUCUUUUACCAAAUAGGGAUAUCUUCUGUAUACCACCCAUACCUUGUGACAACAGCUGAUUGGCUUAAAAGCAUUAAGAAGAAAAUAAAUUCCACAAAUUAACUUUUAACAAGGCACACCUGUUAAUUAAAAUGCCUUCCAGGUGACUACCUCAUGAAGCUGGUUGAGAGAAUGCCAAGUGUGUGCAAAGCUGUCAUUAAGUCAAAGGGUGGCUACUUUGAAGAACCUCAAAUAUAAAGUAUAUUUUGAUUUGUUUAACACUUUUUUGGUUACUACAUGAUUCCAUGUGUGUUAUUUCAUAGUUUUGAUGUCUUCACUAUUAUAUGUAGGAAAUAUAAAAAAUAUAGAGAAACACUGUAAUGAGUAGGUAUGUCCAAACUUUUGACUGGUACUCUGUAUAUAUAUAUAUAUAUAUUUAUAUAUAUAUAAUAUAUAUAUAUAUAUAUAUAUAUAUAUAUAUACAUUAGAAAGUAUUUAUCGAAGUGUUAUAGAAAUUACCAAAUUAACAUGCCUAUUGUGAAACGGUUAAACAGCUUCUUGUGUGACCUUCAUUUUUAAGUACAGUAUUUCAUCCUUUCAGCUCUAACUCUCUGAAAUGACUUUUUGAGGGAAGUUGUAGUAAGCAUAAUGUUUGCUUGAAGAAUUUUGUCAGCAAUUUCUAUUAACAUAAUAAUGAACAUCGUUUAACCAACUAUGUACAGUACCAUAUGUACACAAUUCAAAGUAUAGCUUCACUUAAUUAAUAAUAUCUGUUUCAUUGCACCACAAAAUGUAUACAUGUUAAUAUGAUUUAAUAUAUGUUUAAUAAUAAUUUGUACAGAUAAUAUGCAAAUAAUGACCUAAAUUAACAAUAAUUAACUAAAUUAUGUUAUAUGCAAUAUAUUUUAAUGUGCAAUAUACCAUAACAUUGUUUGACAUUGAUUCUAAAUCCUCCAUUGGCUGGAUGCCAUCCACAGAGAAAAAGUUUCAUAUUUUUUAAAGAAUUCUUAAUACCCAUCACUUCUUGUGUUCUAGUCAAAUAGCUCAACACAGCUUGAAACAGACAUAUGCACCUGUUAGAUUGCGGUAGUUUGCUUACCGUCCCAAUUUGUGUGUAGCCUACCAGCAUUUCAUAUUUAGAAAAAUAUUUUUUUUUAUAUCAUUAUGAUUAUGUGAUUUAUGGUAGUUUUUAACUUGACUGUGGGCUGGAUUACAUUGGCAAGUGUCUACGUUUUGCUUGCAGCUGCAGUGUCUCUAUUCCCAGUCACUGACAACAGGGGUCAGUCAGUAUGCAGUAGUUCUUAUUAAAGGAUGAAUGUACUGUACAAUCACUUUUAUAUAUCAAAUAGCACUGCCCCCUACUGGUUUCAAAAGACCUAGACCAAAUGUAACAAUCUGAGCUGCCCUCAAAUAGCAAAACGACACAUUGUUCUCAGUGGCUGCUCUGUGUGAUGUCAAAAGAUAAGAAAUUCCAAAAUUAAAUAAGUUUAAAAAAAAAAGAAAAGUUUUCUCUUUAGUUUCAAUUUUAUGUAUUUUUUAUGGCCUUUGAAUAUAUUUUCUUUGUACUUUUAUUUCCCUUCUAUAGCUUCAACAGGUGUGUAUAUACUAGCAUUUCACAGGGUGUACAUUAACGGUAGAUUAACACACUGCAUUCAUGUGCUGCUGUGGCAAAGCCAUUUGUAGGCAAUUAUGUUUGUUCUGGAGCAAAAUCAUGUUCAUUUCCAUGUUCAACCAUGUGUAGUAUGUGUAUGAUUUGAGUUUGUGUUUUGUAUAAUCAGAAGCAUUAUUUCUAAAAUAAUAAUAUCAUAGUGUUGCUUUUCCCUUUAGUUACCAUAUCAAUUGCUAAACUGAAGGAUUUGUUGUGCUGUUUUUGGAAUGAUUUAACUCUUCAGUAUUCAACAGUUUCUUUCAAGUUAUAUCCUGUUUUUAUUGUGAAGGAAACAUAAUCAUAUAAGGUUGUAACACUUUCACUUAAAUAGUCUAUUCUUUAUUCCAAUGCAAUGCAGUAUAACAAUCUGGCUGUAACUUUGAUUUGUGCCACAAUUAAGUAUAAUAUAUAUACAUGACUUAUAUUGAAAAAUAAUAAUACUUCACUAUACUCAUUAUAUACAAUGAAUCUACAGUAUUCAGAUUGUUCUGUACAUAGUAAUGUGAAGGCGAUGUGAUGCGUUUUUAAAUGUGUCAUGCUGAAAUUAUUUGCAUAUUAUUUAAGGACCAAAAUGAAAUUGUAUUGAUUCAGACUAUUAUUAAUGUGAACAUUUAAAUUUGGGUCAAUUGAAUAACAAUUAUGCACCAUUAGCCUUAUCAAAUACACUUGGCUCCUAUGUAUGAAGGAUUCUGUAUUAUAAUGUUUUAUUUUGGGCAUGUUUGGUAUGUCUGUAGGCUUAUCAUAAUACCAACACUUUUUGAUUUAUAAAUAUAUAUUUUUUCUGUAAAGGUUAAUCUGAACAAAAUGCUAAGCCUAAAUAGGUAUACAUGGAAUCAGAUGAUCAAACAGCAUCUAAUACAUCACAAGGAAUUUCAAAGAAUGUUUAUACUUUUUCUUUUUGUUAAUGCGUUUUCUGUUUUUAUCUCUUAUACGCACAUGUUUAUUAUCCUAUUGUAGCUAAUGAAAAUGUUGCCUACUAUGAUAAGGCUGUAACUCUAGUAAUGAUGCAUUUAAAGAUGGAGUUCUCUUGAUUUGCUGACUGUGGACAUAAUGUCAUCGACUCGGGUUGUGUCAUAGCGUAAUGUAAAUUGUUUUUGGAAGUAAAACAAUCCUCUUAUGAUUAAUUCACAGCUUAGACUGUAUCUCAAUUAUGACUCCUACAAGACUUGUGAUUGUCAUUCUUUUUUAAUCAGAAGGGCUGAAAAGCACUUAGAAGCUUAACCGUGCAAUGGACAGUGUUGGUGUGGCAAGGAAAACACACACAAAUACAUAUUUAGCCGCAAUACAUUUUUAUUUCACACAUCUGUUUUCCCAGAUGGAUCUGGAUAUCAACAGGGGGAUUAAAAACUUAAAGGAAGCGCAGAUGAUUUGCAGUUGCAGGAAUGUCUUGCUCUACUAGGAGGCUAAAGCUGUCAUUCAUUUCAUACUAUUGAAAAGGUAUUGUCAGUAAAUGUUUAAGUUAACAAGUUACUGUGCCUUAUUAGACCCUGAUGAAUAUUGUAUUUAAAUAUGAUCCAUUCAUAAGCAAGUAAGGGUUUGCCUAUAAACGACAUUGUUUAAUUGGUGUUGACACUGCAUUUUGUGAGAGAGUCAACUGUGACAGUAUUUUGGGGCGAAUUUGUGUAAUUUUUUUCUCAGUUCACUCCUUGAUGUUUACAAAUCCUAUUCCAUCAUCUGAUCUCGUGAGUAAUUCAUUUGGACAUCUGAAUGUGACAUUUAUUUUCCUUUUCAGUCUUCCACAGUUGUUAUAUUCAUCACAUUUUGAGAACAUACUCUUGGAUUUAUGUGGUAGGGAACCCAGCCACAGUGACAAACAAAAAUCCUAACCUUUCAGUACCUGUAUGUCUGCCUUACAUCAGAACACACAGAAGUCAAUGGGCAUAACACCCUGGUGAUAACGACUCUUAAACUGGAAUAUAAAAGGUCCUGUUUUUAACUACGUUGGUUGUAUGUAUAACAACACAUAUAUUACCAUACUAGUCUAAGGAUGCAAGCGCGCAGGAAUGUUCCAUGCACCGAUUCUGAGUGAAUUAUGUAUAUUAUAUGGAUUUGUGUACUCCCAACGAUUUCACUUAAGGAGUACAUAAAUUAGCUCCUGUCAGUAGCUGAGUCCCAGUGUUGUAAUAGCAUAGACAAUCAUACUACAUGUCAGACCGUGUCAAUAAUUCCACUACCUCUGCAAUUGUCAUUUUAAAGCAAGUAUAAUUGUCACACGGGUACGCAGACGUCCAAUUACAUUUUUGUAAUUGUAAUAUAAAGAAGUUGCAUCACAAUAGUCCAAUAAAAGAUCAUGCGAACACA